CACCUACGGUGUGUUCAGGAAGUUUCAGCUAACUUGAGGUGCCUACUGCAAGACUGUUCAGUUAAUUAUGAUAAUGCUGCUAAUAACACACAUUAACGUUGCUUGUCUGCAUUCCAUGCUCUUCUCGCAUUUUUGGAAUAGAUUUUCUGUUGGAAAGUUGUUUAAUCUUUGGAGGCUGAUUGCUAAGCCAUGUUUUGAGACAUGAUCUUGAAAACCCUUUUCUUUGGGUGUAUGUGAGAUUCAGAAUCGCUCUCAAAGCUGUAAGAAGUUGUGGAAAAUCAGUGAGGGAAAAGCAGAGGAGCAGAAGAAUAAUGGUUAGUGACAGCCCGUUGUUGUUGAAAUAUGGAAAAAAAAGAGUUCAUGGUUUCUGGUUUGCAUAUUAGCAGAGGCUGAAUAGGCAUAAAGGAGACAAUAGUGUGGGUAAGAAGUGUCCAGCCCCUUGCAAGACUUUGGUCUAUUACAAGGAAAAAAAAAAAAAAAGAAGAAAUGAAUCCCACAAAUGAUGAUCCAGUGUUUGGGACCAUUUUUGACUGGGACUAUCUCUUAUGGGAAGUUCGUUUGACCUUUUUAGCUGCUGGUUUUUUAAUCUACCUGGGAGUAUUUCUUCUGUCCCACUGGUUGUCUUCCUGGAUAAGUACCACUUAUCGUGCCUUGCAUGCAAGGGAGAAGGUGUUUUGGAAUAUGGCAGUCACACGUGGUGUGUUUGGACUUCAGAGCUGUGUUUCUGGCCUAUGGGCUUUGCUCAUAGAUCCCGUUUUUCAUGCAGACAAAGUGUAUUCACAGCAAAAGUGGAGCUGGUUUAACUGUUUAAUAGCUGCUGGAUUUUUCUUGCUUGAAAAUGUAGCUGUUCACAUGUCCAACAUUGUUUUUAGAACAUUUGAUGUGUUCUUGGUAGUUCAUCACCUACUUGCUUUUGGUGGCUUGGCUGGUCUAGUAAUCAAUGUAGAAUCUGGACAUUAUCUACCUUUGAUGGGAAUGUUGCUGGAGAUGAGCACUCCCUCAACGUGCAUUUCCUGGAUGCUUCUAAAGGCUGGCUGUGCAAAUACCUUUUUCUGGAAGGCCAACCAGUGGGUGAUGAUCCACCUGUUCCACUGCCGCAUGAUUCUUACUUACCACAUGUGGUGGGUGCUCAUUUUCAACUGGAGUUCUGUGAUAGAAAAUCUGGGACUUCUUCAUUUUAUUGUUUCAUUCUCUGGAUUAUUUGCCGUCACGCUAAUACUUAACCCGUACUGGACAUACAAAAAAACUCAGCAGCUCCUCAGCCCAACUGACUGGAACUUUGAACGUAAAGCGACAGAAAAUGGAAAAUUAAAUGGUGACACACAUCAAAAGAAGAUGUAACACUGAAACAUCUGUUUCCUAGUAUGAUAUUAGCAUACAGCAGAAAAAAUACACUGCGAAGUAAUCUGCCCAUGAUGUAGAAGCUUUUGCAAGAAGCUCAUUAACGAAGUCAUUCCUUGCUGUUAGUAUUCUGUAAGCAUAAGAAGUAUUUAAAAUCAUUGUCUGUAUUUCAUAUAUACAUAAGAUCUUCAACAUCUUAGUGAAGAAUUACGCCAGGUGUUUUGUCAGGGUGGACAGUAUUUCAUGAUUUAGCAAUUGGUAUUUCAUGAUUUAGCAAUGACAUGCUCUCUAAUGGUAUCUUUUGUCCUAAUGCUUCUAAGUGGCUUUGUAGUUAAUUUGUCCACUGAUCUCAGCUUGAAUCAAGUUUAGCUUGAUUCCCGUUUCACCUGUGAAGGACAUACUGAUACUGAAAAUCACGUUCAGAAGUUUAUUAAGAUCAACUGGGGCCCAAAUGAGGUAUGUGUGGGUAUCUAGUUCCUGUGUGCUAUUAAAUUGUUCCCGGUGGUUGAAUUGGUCAUGUGGCAGAAUGUAGUUAUGGCUGGAUUUUUAUUUUAUUUUUUUUUUUAAGUGCACAGGAUGAAAAGGAAUAGGGGGUUGAGUGCUUGCUGUCAAAGUGAGUUGUAGUUUCCAGGUUGCCUUUUGUAUGGGAGUUCAUAUCCACCACAAACAUGUAUGUAGUAAGGAGUGGGAGUGUCAGUUCCGUAUGCUGGUGGUCGAGCUAGGUAAUCAUGGUGCUUCUUUCUGGAUUUGAGAUAACAAGAAUCAAUGACAAAACCUUUGGCUGUUUAAUCCUUGAAAAAAUUGCUGGUUGACUGGUGAGAUUAUCUUCUUUGUGGGUCCCAAAUGAGUAGUUGUGCAAUUAGGUCCACUAGUACUCCUGUUAUAGUUCCUCAUAUUUUUGGAAAGCCUCUUAGUUAUCGAGGAUUUUAGAAUCUGAGGUGACUCCAUUUUGGAGGGAAGCCCAUACCACCUCUUUUAGAAGUUCUGUUGUUCUUUUAGUAUUUUUAUUUUUAAUGUUUUUAUUUUACUUUGAAGAACACUCAAAGUGAGACUAACAGUCCUUUGCACUUUAUCUACCACAUCUCUAAAUCUUUCCUUGACCUAGGAAACAGAGCUGCUUUUUAGAUUGGGGCUUAGCAAAUUGUGGUGGUUUUUCUCCCGCUGAUAACACUCGGUCCUGGAUGUAAUUUUGGACAGCUGAUCAGGGUAUAGAGAUCACGAUAGAAGAGAGUGACACCUAGUGGCAGGAGAGUGACAAAUAUGCUUAAUUACUGUUGCACUGAACUAUUGAAACAUUGUCAUCUGCUGUGACAUUGCUGCUGCGCAGGUUUAUUUUCCAAAGUAAUAUGACUGGACAAGCCCAGGCUGUGAGGAAUUUUAGGUUGAGGCUUUGUCUGCUGAUCCGUGGUGAAACAUACUGUUUUAAAUUAAGGUGGGGGAGGACUUUCUGGUGUAAACAAGCCCAUUUAAUUAAUUUUGGCAGAAAUGUCUUGGAUUUUGUUAGGAUGAAGGCAGGGAAACUAGCGUUCAGGUUGCUGUGUUCCCUAAUUCACUUUGCAUGAGCACAGAAUUGAAGAACUGCUCUCAAAGGGGUAGGGUGAGGAAUCUUUCUGUUAGGUCACAAAUUUAUAUCCAGAUCUUGAUAGUGGUGAAUAUCUGAAAUUGCCUGUUCAAAACUAGGCUGAGAAGAUCAUUGUAAUUUUACACAGCAACCGUAUCUAUUAUCUUGCUGAUAUUCAGUACAGAAAAUGUAAAUUUUGUGCUAUCUUCCUAUUUCUAAGCAGGCCAGAAUGAGGUUGUAGUGUUUUGGCAGUAUGGCCUGCCUGGAUGUCAUGCUGUAGAAAAAAAAAAAGAGUUCUCUGAAGCUAGAAAUGGUGUCCUUCUCCUGACGGGUUACGUGAGAGAGAGUAAUAAUGAAAGUGCUUUAGGAGAAAGAAGAGGAAUGGAUUCCUCAGAAAGAGAACUGAAUCACAGGAUGGCUGAGGUCAGCAGGACCUCUGGAGGCAUCUGCUCCAACCCCUGCUCAAGCAGGGCUACCCAGAGCAAGGGGCCCAGGACCACGUCCAGGUGGCUUUUGAAGAUCUCCAAGGAGGAAGCUCCACAACCUCUCUGGGCAGCUUGGACUCUCCAGUAUGCCCAUGUCUUUCUUGUACUGGGGUGCCCAAAACUGGAGCCAACACUCCAGAUAUGUCUCUCCAGUGCUGAAGAGUGGGGAAAGAUCACUACCUUCGACCUGCUGGCAGCACGCUGCCUAAUGCAGCCAAGAAUGCCAUCAGCCUUCUUUGCAGCAAGGGCACGUUGCUGGCUCAUGUUCAACUUGGUGUCCACCAGGGCUCUCAGGACCUUUUCUGCAAAGCUGCUUUCCAGCUGGGCGGUCCCCAGCAAACGUGAUCUAAAUGCGCAUCGUGCAGAAUACGAGUCUGGGGAAGGGGGAUGCUAAGUCACUAGGCAUCAAGGUGAUGGUGCGCUCCUUGUAGCUCAGAAUUCAAAGGUUUGGAUUCAAUAAAGCAUGGUAAUAACCAGAAGUCCUAGCUACAGAAGUGUGAAGAAUCCUAACAGAAAAUUACCUUCGGAAAAGAAGUUUGGGCUAAGUGCUCAGUUUUUACAGUGGCUGGCUAAAGGAAGUGAAAUUUCUAUGUGCUAAAAUAAAGCAGUUUGAAAGCUUGGAAUUAGUGAAUUUGGGGCUGAAAAAUAAGGUUAGGUGUGGUCAAGGCAGACAGGUGGAUAGUUAAGUCAGUGACACCAGACUUCUAAUGCUUAAUAUUUGUAUUAUUAAUUGACGUGUUAAUUAUUAAUUUAAGUGGACUUUAAAUCUUUCAUUAAAAGUAUUGUGAUCAGAAUAGAGCAAUCUUUUAAUACGCAUCUUUGUGCAAGUUUUUUCCAUGUAAUGACCACCUUAUAGUAUAUCUCUAAAACCUUUUGCAUGUCUUACUAUGUAAUGAAUAAUACCUAAGAGUGCCUGCUAACCUAACUACUGCUACACCUGCUAGAGCAGGAGAGCUAUGCAAUAAUACAAAUGACAGCAUUCACUUCGUAUUUCUGUUGGUUUGAGGGGUGAAGGGAUUUUACAUUCCAGCUAGAAAUACAACACGACAUAGAAAUACAGACAACCUUCCUUCUCCGUCUUGAAGGGCAGCAGGUGGAGUUAUCAGUUCCGUUACACAGAGCCUCUUCUUUUUUUUCUACUGAAGUGUUUUCUUCCUUUUUCUUCUUUGGCUGCUCCCUUCAGAAGAACCUUUUCUGGUUUAUGACUGUGAGUGACUGUCUUACUGCUCUGAAGAAAAGGACUGAAAAAAAAAACUCUGAAGGUUCUGUUGUCUAAUUACUUUUAUAAUCAUUUCAACCCAAAAAUUAGUUACAGUUUGUUUAUAAAUUUUGUUGAUAUGAAAUUAAUCCCAGUCCUUCUCGGGCCUCUUUUGUAAGGUCUUAUCUGCAGUCUGAUGUAGAAAACAUUCACUAUCAACUUCAGCAGGAACAGGAUCAAGUCACAGGGGGUGCCACUGCCAUGAUUUGGAAACCUUUGGCAUAAUUUUUUUGGGGUGAAUUUUCUGCUUGCCAAGGUGACUGUUAGACACUUCAUCCUCCUUUCUUUUUGGGCAGGCUUACCCAAGGAGUGCUGUUUGUGUCACCUUUCUGGGUGAAGUUUUUUUUGAAAAGAUAACCUGUGUUUUGGUUUGUGGUGUUUUUUAUUGUUUUUGUUGUUUGUUUGUUUGUUUUGGGGGUGUUUCUGUUUUUUUUUUUUUUU